CUCUCUCUGAUUGGCUGCGUUAAACUCCGUCAGUGUCGCGCGGCGGUGCUGAGAUAGUCGGCGGAUCUCUCGCGCUCGAGAGAGAGAGAGAGAGAGAGAGAGAGAGAUGAAGCGGAUCUGUGCGCUCGUGGAUGAAAGCGCGAUUCGGUAAAAACCAAGGGACGAGCAAGCACCAAGGGACGCAAUCCGGUUGUCUGUGUUUGCGCGCGCUCCGCUUCAUUGGUCCGUUGAUCUCCCGCUUCAUUUUCUCUGAGGGAAUUUUUUUUGGAAAUGCGUGCCAUCGCGUGCCAUCGUCGUCGUCCCCUCUUCGCUCCGCUCGCGCUCUCCUGCCCUCUCGUCCUCGCACGCCGUUCGCGCGCUUGACGCAGCGUCUGAUGAGAGUGCUCGUGGGCCAGCGGCGAGCAGCAUGUCCUCGCGCAAGAUCUCGUCGGAGUCGUUCAGCUCGGUGGGUUCCGACUGUCUCGAGAGCCCCGACGAUGCCGAGUGCCCGUUCUCGCGCGCCUUCUGGAACGGCCGGAGCCCCGCGGAGACGCGCGCGUGCCCGUUCGACGAGCAGGCUGCCACGGGAGCAAGAAGGGCCGCCAGGAGGAAGCGCGUGAACCUGGACUCGCUCGGUGAGAGCCUGAGACGGCUCACCUCACCCACGACACAGACGAUCCAGCAGGCUUUGCAGAGAACUGUGGACUUCUACAGACAGAGAAAUAACAGCAGUGAGGACGGAUCAGAGCAGAAAUGUGGAUUAGAAAAAUGUCCGUUUGUAAACUCCCAGUCCGACAACGAUACAGACAUCUCAGGAAUUCUGCAGUACACAGCCGCAAUAGUUGGUGUUGGGUUCCCGACACUCCGGGAGCGUUUUGGCGAAGAAUUCUUUGGACUUUGUCUAGAGGAGAACGAGCGGGUUCUCCGGGCUCUGGGUGGGAACUUGCAAGACUUCUUUAACGGAUUCGAUGCUCUGCUGGAGCACGCCAGGACUUCGUACGGCCGCAGAGCAUCUUCAGAGUCAGCGUCCUUUCUGUGCAAGGAUACGGAGGACAACAGAGAUGAUGAUGGAGGAGGAAGAACCCUGCUUCUGCACUGCUUUAACCCGGACCCAACGGUGGGGGUGGCCAUGCCUGGGUUGAUCCGAGCCGCUGCUCGCCGAAUAUACCAAGCGGAAGUUGAGGUGGAGGAGGCUCCACCCACACGUCUCCGUGCACUUAAUGAGGAUGGAGAAGUCUCUGAUCACUCUACCCCAUCAUCAUCUCCGUCUCCGCCCACUUUCUCAUCCCCCGGCUGUUUGUCGUUCCUCAUCCGAGAAGAUCGGAUCAUGCCGUCCUCGCCAUCGCCGUCAUCGGUGUCCUCGCGUGAGCUGUCGCGCUCGCCAACGGACCUCCGGAUCGGACUGAGCACGUUCUGCAGAGCGUUUCCUUUUCACCUCAUUGUUGGCCCCAAUAUGGAAGUUCUGCAGGUGGGGGUGGGGCUAAAGAAUGUCGGGGAGGGGAUAAGGAAGCCACACAGGACGCUGAGCUUCAGUGACAGCUUCCAGCUCAUCUCUCCCAGAAUUCCUUGCUCUUUCCAAAACUUUCUUCUGCGGCUGUCUACUCCGUUCACCAUUCGCACUCGACCCGACCCGUCCGCUCUGGAGAGCAGGGAGAAGGUCAUGGAACUGAAGGGUCAGAUGAUUCAUCUUCCCGAGUCGAACUCCAUCAUGUUCCUGGGCUCGCCUCGUGUCGAUAGGCUGGAGGAGCUGAUGGGGCGUGGCUUACAUCUUUCAGACAUCCCUAUUCAUGAUGCCACCCGUGAUGUCAUCCUGGUGGGCGAGCAGGCGAAGGCUCAGGAUGGUCUGAAGAAGCGCAUGGACAAGCUAAAGGCCACACUGGAGCGAACGCACCGCGCGCUAGAGGAGGAGAAGCGACGCACCGUCGAGCUGCUCUACUCCAUCUUCCCCGGCCAUGUGGCACAGAGACUCUGGCAGGGACUUCCUGUCCAGGCCAAAAAGUUUGAUGAUGUCACCAUGUUGUUCUCCGACAUCGUGGGAUUCACAGCCGUGUGUGAGCACUGCACACCCAUGCAGGUCAUCAGCAUGCUGAACGAGCUGUACACUCGCUUUGACUACCAGUGUGGUGUGCUUGAUGUCUACAAGAUCGAAACAAUCGGCGAUGCAUACUGUGUGGCUGCAGGGCUCCACAGGAAAUGUGUCUGUCACGCCAGGCCGAUUGCCUUAAUGGCACUGAAGAUGAUUGAGCUCUCAGAGGAGGUUCUCACACCCGACGGGAAGCCCAUCAAGCUGCGUAUAGGGAUCCACUCGGGGUCUGUGCUAGCUGGAGUGGUUGGUGUGAAGAUGCCGCGGUACUGUUUGUUCGGGAAUAACGUCACACUUGCCAGCAAGUUCGAGUCCGGCAGCCAACCACGUCGCAUUAACGUUUCCCCAACAACGUACCAGUUCCUCCAUGAUGAUCGCUCGUUCUCUUUCAUCGCUCGCUCCCGUCAGGAGCUUCCUGAAAACUUUCCCAAAGAGAUUCCAGGAAUCUGCUAUUUCCUGGAGGCUGGGAAAUCUGGUCAAGGAAGCCACGCCUCCUUGACCAACACUCGCUCUGCCCCCAUCCGAAAAGCAUCCUAUAACAUUGGGACCAUGUUUCUACGUGAGACCAGCCUCUGAGGAAAGCCCUGCACACCUAAUAUGCCGCUACUAAAACCAUGCCUAUAAGGCCAGAGGUGCCUGUGGCAACCAGUGGCUCCGCCUCCCGGGAACACGUCUCAACCUGCAACUCUGGCUUGACCCCACAUCACCCUCUUCCUGUUCGAGUACCCCCUGCGACCUGCCCCCUAACCAUGCAGAGCUGACAAGAAGGUCUGCAGGAACGAGAAAUGAAUAUUCAUGAAUAUUCAAAUUUGACUUUAAAAGAAAUAUGGACAUUUUAAUAUAUAUAUUGGAAGAAAUUAUAUAUAUAUAUAUAUAUAUAUAUAUAUAUAUAUAUAUAUAUAUAUAUAUAUAUAUAUAUAUAUAUUUGCAUUAAGCCUUCUGCUCAAACACAUACAUACAUAUACACACAUACAUACAAAUAUAUGCACAACAAGGAAAACACACACACACACACAAACACAAAACAUAAGCAUAUACAAUAUACACAUGUGGCUCUCAGCAACUUAUGAACCUGGUGCCUUCUGAUAAAUAAACACAAUGUGUGUGUAUGUGUGUGUGUGUGUGUGUGUAUGUGAGUGUUUGUGUAUGUGUGUGUUUCAGCUUGUGAGGCCCCACGCUUUAAUUUCAUUCAGACUGGUCUGUCAGUCAUUCUCUAUCCAAUCACACCACACCAAGCCCUCCAAUCACAUCACACCAAACCUGUCAAUCAAACUCAGCCCUCCAAUCACACUACACCAUCAUCUGUCAAUCAAACUCAGCCCUCCAAUCACACCACACCAUCACCUGUCAAUCAAACUCAGCCCUCCAAUCCCACCACACCAUCACCUGUCAAUCAAACUCAGCCCUCCAAUCACACUACACCAUCACCUGUCAAUCAAACUCAGCCCUCCAAUCACACUACACCAUCACCUGUCAAUCAAACUCAGCCCUCCAAUCACACUACACCAUCACCAGCCCUCCAAUCACACCACACCAACACUCUUUUAAUCAUAUCACACCAUGAGCUGUCACUCAUACCCAACCCCCACCCUAUACCAAAAUAUGUCUAUCACAUCCAGCCCUUUUAUUCCAAUUACACUGCAAUAAAAACCAGUCAAAACUAGCCCUUCAAUUACAUUACACAAACACCUGUCAAUCAAACCAAGACUUGUCAGUCAAACCCAACCCUCCAAUCAAAUCACCAACACCUGUCAAUCAAACCCAAUCCUCCAAUCACAUCACACCAACACCUGUCAGUCAAACCAAGACUUGUCAAUCAAACCCAAUCCUCCAAUCACAUCACACCAACACCUGUCAGUCAAACCAAGACUUGUCAAUAAAACCCAAUCCUCCAAUCAAAUCACCAACACCUGUCAAUCAAACCCAAUCCCCCAAUCACAUCACACCAACACCUGUCAAUCAAACCAAGACCUGUCAGUCAAACCCAAUCCUCCAAUCACACCAAGAGCUAUCAAAUAACCUCAACUCUUCAAUUACACCACAACAAAACCUGUUACUCAUUUUCCACAAUGUCAAUAAAAUGAAGUAUAGCUUACACACCCAGCGUAUGACUCUUAUACUGCUUUUUGAUGUGUGUGUGUGUGUGUAUUUCCGUGAGUGAGAGAGAUUGUUUGGUUCACACAUUCUUUUAUUUAAAAAAACAACAUGCAUGUGAGGAAGUGUGUGUUUGUGUGUGUGGCACGAUACAACCUGUGGAUAAUUUUUGCUGAAAGUAAUGUGUGUGUGUAUGUGUGUGUGUGUGUAGUGCCACUCUAGCCCGCGGUUACCUGCUGUUGAAGGGCUCUUGUAGGUCACAUGAUGUUGCUGACAGCAAAAUGCCAACUAGACAAGCACAACACAACAACUGUGGGUAAUUUAUAUGCAAUGGCCUUAAUACGAUUUUGGAAAAAGGGCCUAUCUGAAAUGCUCUAUCUAAUGAUGUGUGUGUGUGUGUGUGUUAGUGGCUUUUCCAUAUAUGCCACUUGUAAAACAGCCAACAUGAACAUGAAUUUUUGUGUAUAAGUGAAUGUGUGUAUCAGAUUUGAGGUGAAGUAGGCGUGUCCUAAUUCGAAGGAACCCGUGCACACACACACACAAUGAAAAAACCCCCACUAUAGUUGAAAACGCUAUAUAAACCAUGCGUGCCUGUUAGCUUGCGGGCCAACAGAUGGAGAGGACCUGGUUGAGAACAGGCCGACUGUUGCCAUGGUAACAGCGAGGUCUGAACUGCGUGCUUGGAAUAUUUAAACCCUACGCAUGCACCUAAAGUGUGUUUUUCUCUCUCUCUCUCUCCCUCUGAGUGUGUGUAUGGGUAUUUGAAGAGAAUAAUUUAACAUAUUAGCAAGAAUAAUAUCCUUCUCUACUCAUGACAGCACGUGUGAGAAUGAGUUAAAAAUACAGAGGCGUUAGAUAACUAACCAUCAAACUAUUUGCUAAAUACGAAAACUUGUUAGACGACAAAAUCUCGAACUGUUUAAUAAGUGUUCGAUGACUAGCCAUGUAACUGUUUGCUAACUUAGAUAGCUUGUUAAGUGACUAGCCAUCUAAUUGUUCGCUAAGCUAGCCCGGUAAAUGGCUAGCCAUCUAACUGUUUACUAACUAGGAUUAACCUGUCUGAAGACUACAAGUAGAACUGUUCGCUAACUAAGAUGUGAGAUUAUAGAAAAUGAGGUUAACUAGCAAUUUAGCAUCGUUAAGUGAGCCAUGAGGCACUUAGCUUGGUUAGGAAUAAAAUAUUUAGGGGGGAAAGAAAACAAAUGCCACUGAGAAACGGAAAGUCCAAACUGAAGACUUAAAGCCAACAGCUCUUUCAAAAAUAAUAGUAAAAACUUGUCUUGAAGGAUCGUGGUCUGGAUGAACUCGUCUGUCUCGGUAAACAGAAUUACGGGACGUUAUUUUUAAACAAGCGGCAUUCAGAUGCUCACUAAAUAUGUUAGCGAGCAGUGUUCUGAUUGGUACACAGUGACAGAGAGACUGCUGUGUUUUCCACCAGCUUGUGUGUGUGUGUGUGUGUGUGUGUGUUAGCAGAAAGCUGCUAAUCCAAUAAAGAUUUGUUUUUAAAUUA